AGUGAGACAGAGUUUGAGCGUGAAAGCAAGAGGGUGACUGCACAAGGGACCUCGCAAUUGUGCUACAGUCGCACCGCGACACUUCCACGGUUCACAAUCGUGUCACUCACUGUAUUUUUAAACUUAAAUUACCAUAACACAAGCUCCCCAGCUCAGUUCCAACGAUAAUUGUAAAUAAUAAAUUGCUCGAAAGAAAAAAAGUGAAGUUGUAUAAUUUGUGCUAAUUCUCACGCGCAACCUCCACGAGAGUGGUUUCUAGGAUUUCACCUCACACCAUUGAAUAAUCGGAGAGAAUUCUCACGAGUACAGAUGGGUCUUCAAAAAGUAACAGCACUACUUACAACUCUCCUCCACCUGUCAUUAAGUCAGAGUGCAACGGAAGUACUUCCAGUGUUUCUCGCGCCGCUGGAGAAUCACACAGUUACCCAGGGAAGAGAUGUUUUCUUCACGUGUGUUGUUAAUCAUCUUCAAGGGUACAAGGUUGCCUGGAUAAAGUCCGAUUCCCGUGCGAUCCUCGCUAUUCACACGCACAUGGUGACACACAACCCUCGAUUGUCAGUUACUCACAAUGGACAUAACACGUGGAAACUUCACAUUUCUAAUGUACAGAACAAUGACUCCGGUACUUAUAUGUGUCAGGUCAAUACAGAUCCAAUGCGAAGUCAAAUGGGGCACAUGGUAGUUCAGAUACCCCCUGACAUAAUUGACGAGGAUUCAACAGACGGUAUGGUGGCUGCUGAGCGUGGCAAUAUAAAACUCCGCUGUAAAGCGACAGGAAUACCCCAACCAAUGGUCACAUGGAGACGCGAGGACGGUCGCAACAUCACUUUUCGCGAGGAGGGCCGUGAAAAAUUGUCUGUGAAAAGUUAUGACGGUGAAACCCUCAACUUGACUGGUGUUAUACGACAAGAAAUGGGCAUAUACCUGUGUAUCGCCAGCAAUGGAGUACCACCCACCAUUAGCAAGCGUUACUCUGUGCAAGUGCAUUUUGGACCAAUGAUAAAGGUGACGAAUCAACUUGUGGGAGCACCGGUUAAUAGAAACGUAACGCUCCAGUGCUCCGUUGAGGCAUCACCACGUGCCAUGAAUACUUGGUUCAGGGAUCAAGGUGAAAAAUUACUACCGAGUGGAAAAUUCACGAUGACAGAAUUCCAACACAACGAGUACUCCUGGCAGAUGAAUCUCACUAUUCACAAUUUAGAAAAAAAGGAUUUUGGUGGUUACUCCUGUGCAGCAGAUAAUGCUCUGGGGAAAGCAGAGGCCAGUGUGCGUUUGCAAGAAUUAGAACUGGUAACCGAAACAACACCAGGCCCAGUGUCUCGUCAUACAGAAGCAAAAAGUCGAAAGAAGACAAAUGGAAAGAAGAAAAUACACAGAAGACCCUACGACCACCAGGAGGAGACCGAUAAUUACUUAAGUGGAUUUGAGGACUUUGGUACAACUCAAGUGAUGGGGGGGAGUACUCAGGAGGGCCACAGAACAGAGAGGCCUUUCACAUUCAGCGAACGACCUUGGGUAACGAUGGUAUCAGCAACUCAGCGAUUAUAUCCAUCAUUUCAGGGAAUUUUUUUGCUGCUAUUCGCCUCGUUAUAUCGUCAGAGGGUUACGAUUUAAAUGGAUUUUAUGAUCUACUUCUCAUCUGCCAAAUUUAUGUACAUAUGAAGGAGUUUAGUACCGUCUGUGAAUGGUGAUGCAUUCGGCUGAGCUCGGGAAAAUUAUAUUUCAAUGGAAGCGAUGAACACUCAGUCUUCUCAACUCUUUUUUAGAUCAGGCGAAGGGGUGGCAAAUACUGUUGAGGUACAAUCGGACGAAUAGAAAGAAUUUUUUUUUUCUAUUUUCACCCGGAAGUCGAAUGGUUUUGAAUCAAAGCUUUUGAGGUUCCAAGGACCGUUAUUGAGGUUUGGAAUUGAGGGUCAAUUGGCCUUAAAUGAAUUAACCCCUUGGCUUUGAACACCACUAACGGCCAUUUGACGCUCAAAACCAUAUUACCCUCAACUCUCCACGUUCUUAAGGAUUAUUCAAUCUUCAAGUCCAUUUGACACUCUCUUAAAAAAUUCUUAAGAAUUGUCUAAUACUCAGAGUCAUUUACCCCCUAACUCGAGACAUUACUGAAGGCCAUUUGAUUCUUAUCAAGGUCACUAGACCGUCACCUAGGUACCAAUGGCCUAAGAGGUCGAACGCCCCAUAGGGACGUUUGAAUUUUGAGCUCUAAUCGUUUCAACCGCCAAAUAACUUUUAAUAGCAUCAAUAUUUGGAAGUUUCUUUAAUUGUGGAAAGUUUCAUUUUAUCGUAUUUCCCCCCUAUCAACGAAAAAUAAACCUAAUCAACGAUUAAUUUUCAUUUUUUUUUUAAUUAGCAGUAAAUAUUCAUUCAAUCUUUAUUUUUAAAAUCGAAAUGAAUUAUUCAGUUAUCCCGAGUAAUGGACUUUCGAUAAUUCAAAUAGUUAUCCAUAAUAACUAGUUCUCUAUGAAAUAUUACCCAGCUCUGAUACGCAACCAAUUGAAACUAAUUUAACGAGUAUCGUAAUUGGAACGAGCGUGUAAUGAUACGAAAUAUAUGCGGGUAAAACUCUGCGGGCCCAUAUUUGUUCGAUUAAUCGAGCAUUUAACGGCGAAUUAUCCAAGAGUUCUCGUUUCGCAUUUUUUCAUUCAUUAGCCGUUGUGGAUUACCAACGAAAUGGAUUAAUUGAUGGGUUUCAAAGGGAGUAUUAACGGUUAUUACCGCAAUUUUAAGAAUUCUGUAAAUUGUCUUCCUCAUUUUUUUAAUGGUACCAUUAGUUGGAUUAAUGACCAAUAUCAUGACGCUAAGCGGAAGGGAUUACCCAAUGGGGGUGUAUAUAAUCUCGCUAUUGCAGGUGAAUUAUUAAGUAGAAAUAUUCGAUUUUAGAACGACUAGAAAGCAGAUGAGAUCUGGUAGAUUUGACGGAUGUAUUUUUUAAUGAUUGCGGUUUUUUUGUUGGAGUGGGAUGCUGGUGGAUAGAGUGAUGGGAAAAUUGAAGGAUCGAGAAAGAAGAAUGAUGAUGACAUUGAAGAGACAAAUGCUAUAAAGACGUGACACAGUGGCACACAUAAAAGAUUCACUCUUUUUCUAGAUAAAUGCGAAAUCAACAUAAAUUUCCGAUUUUACUUUCAGAAGACGUUAUUUUAUAUUCGAUUAAUUACUUAAUUAUCUAUAAAAUGAAGAGUCUUAGCCAAAACCGCGAGAAAUGUCCCUCAUGGCGAAUUUCGAAUUGCUCGUAAAAUUUCUCCCUCUUCAAAUAAACCCAGAGUUCAUGAGAAUUUCAAUCUCGAAAUUGAUGGGAAUUUUAAAAAAAUUGAAAUUAAUUCAUUACGUUUAAUCACUUUGCUACACAAUACCCUCCAUUCAGUCCUUAACGUCCUCAUUACUGGCUCACUUGAGAAUCCGACAAUAUGACGUACGAAAGUCUAAAUUAUUCGAUAAGAUCACGCGCCAUUGAAGCCCGAAAUACGAAAAAAAAAUCAUGAUCCUCUGGAGAAAAGAGGUGAAGUGAUCCUACGGGAUCCACUCAGCGAGAAAUAGGUCAUCAGAGCUAGUCCCCCAAAACAGCUCUGAUGAAAAUUUUCCCAAGCUUUCAUCUCACCAAAGUCUAGAGAUAAACAUGAAGAUAAUUACAAGGCCUGAUAAGCGAAUGCCACCAUCCCACUCCAUUACUAUAACAUAAAUUGAAAAAGACUUCGAAUCGUUUCAAUUUUCAUCUCGAAUUAGGACCACGAAUUAUGCACUAAUCAGACGUAAUACUGAGAGUCGAGGAGUCGAGACAAUAAAUAAUAUAACGUCGAGAAUUAAGAAUAAGAGCGUUUCACGGAGAUUUUCAUCACGUAUUAAAAAAAUGUUAAAAGACGCAUUGAAUUCAAUGGUGAAUGGACAAUUGAUGAAUAUUAAAUAUCAAAAGAUUUAUUAACAAUUAUUCCACAAAUGGAUUUCUGAGACGGGAACUAUCACUAUAGUCUGAGCGAAACGGGCUUGUACCACUUCACCACUGAAUUUUUUAUUCUGAAAUUUCAGCAAUCAUAAUGAUAAUGUAAAGUUGGAUAGAUGAAUUAGGGAAAAUGUUACUGAGCUCGUAACGUAUGUUGUUAUAUUAUGAAAUUGUUUAUAAUUGAAUUUUCAUUAGCAGAUGUCGGCUAGUGGAGUUGUAAAAUGUAAGAGUUAAUCCUUGUCAUAUCCCAAAAUUUUGUCUCGUCAACUACAAAAAAGUUCUUUUGAGUAUUUUGAUCCUCUUUCUUUUGAAGAUCGUCAUUAACCCUCAAAACUACGAAUUUCUAGUUGAGGGUAACCCUUAAAAAUAUUUAAGGUUCCAGAUCAGAUGACUUUGUGUGUCAUACAAACUUUACGAAUGUUAAGGGUUAACAAUAAUUAAUUAGAAGGUCGGUCGGGUCAAUUCACGCCGAGGAAUCAGAAAGGGUCAGACGGAAGUUUGGCCCUUAACCCCAGAGGUUCCUGAGCGUCGUGCGACCCUUAAUAAUUGAGACCAUUCAACUCUUAAUUACGAACGGCCCUUCGGCUAACAAAUCAAGACAUCCUCGAGGGUUACCGACCCUCGAGGACCUUUCUAGUUGAGGAUCACAUGAUCCUAACUGUUAAACAGCCCUCAUUCUGUUACAUUUUACGACAUCACUACUCAGACAGCUAUUUAUUUCACGAAUAAAGCGAGAAUAACACAUUCAUUUCGCUGAAUAGUUUAAUUUCGAGUUGAUAAAUUGAUCGACGAAAGAAAAAUAUGAAUGAUGACAUACACGGCAACGACACAUAUGAAUUGCAUAGGACCACGUUUACUGUGUAAAUACUAUUAGAAUACAAUCUAUUUACUACUGUACAUAAAUGAAUAAAAAUAUGACGAGCGAGGAGUAUGUAAUCAUGGAGAUGCCGACAGAAUGUUAGAUUUUAUAUGUGAAAUCGAUGAAAAUAAUAACUCUAUGUGCAAUGCAAAAAAAAAUCAAACAAGCAACGAAAAGACGCGAACAAAGUCUGACGAAAAAUGUUCACGCACAUUUAAUUGAUUAGAAAAUAUUUCUCGAUGGUAAUGGUAUUGAACACAUAUCCACGGAGAAAGAAAAAAAUAAAUCGAACGAAUACAUUCGACAUUUUAUUUGUCUUUUGGCUAAUAGAUUCAUAAGUGCUUCAUAUUGAUGAUGAUUUCACUCCAAAAUGGGGUUUGUACGCGAGCUUUAAUAAUUGAAUCUCUCGUUAAAAAUGAAAUUAAAAUCGAAGAAGCAGUGAUAGUUUGGAGAAGUCAACGAUUAAAUAGGGUAAAAGCCACGAUCAUAAAAAUUCAUCAAUCAAUGCGUUUGACAAACAAAAAGUCACUUUGAAGAUAGAAAAAAAAUAUUCAACAUUAUUUCAUUAUAGUUUAUCGCCUCUCGACGCAGCGUAAAUUUAAAUCUUUUGUGGACAUUUCCCACAUCUAUUGGAUAUGACAUGUAUGGUAUGAAGACUUUCUUUCAUAGAGAACACGAAGAGCCAUAAAAUAAAACUACCAAAAUUUCCGUCUCUCGGUCUAUUUCAAGAUAUUCAACAAAAAUGAAAAACGGAAUAAAAUCCAAGUGUGCUUUUACCCUAAUCAUCUCGGACUCUAUACUCGUUGUUGAUGAAAUACCAAUGGAAUAACACCAUUUAUCUUUUAUAAAUUGAGGAAAGAAACCUAACAAAUGUAAAUAAUUUGCCUUGAAGAAAGAAGUGAGAGAGAAAAAAAAUCAAAAAAUAUAUUCAAUUUCAUUGAGAAUGUAAAGAUAACGAGAGGUACGACGUAUAGCAUCUUAAAUACUCAAGACAAUAAAAUGUUAUUAUCGAUGUUGAAA